CAUGACAGCAGACUUGUGAGAGGUCGAGAGGACUGAACUGGGUCUGUAACUUUACAUACACUGUCAACAAUGAAUUUCAACAAGUGAAAUUCGCCAAGACAAAUGUAGUACUGACCUGGAUAGAUGUUUGUCUGUGAGGUCCCCAUAAGGAGAAAACAAUCAUAAUGCUUCCCUCAGAUGUAGCUCGACUAGUCCUAGGUUAUCUAAAAGAUGAAGGGUUGCUGAGGUCAUACAAAGAGUUCUUCACUGAGAGUCCCCACUUAGAGGAACUGAGAAGACACCCAAAUGUCGAACCAUCAGUCCCGUUCGAGAAAGGUUUACCUGAAAUACUGAGUGAAUAUUCCAAGCUCAUCAAUGCCAUUAAGGACAGGAAGAACUGCAACCAGGUCAUUGCCUCACUAUGGAAAAUGCAUAGUGAGGUCAUAGGUCAACUGAGGUUCCAAUACACGGGUAAUGCUGGACUGUUACACACCCAAACACACCCAGAACCGCGGAAAGUAGACCAAAGAACCCUGACACGCUACAGAAUGUCAGCUCUAAGAAAACAACAAGAGCUUCAGCGAAAGAUGGCGUCGCAGCUUCCGUCAAAAACAACAACAACAACAACAGCCACAAACGCUGUGUCUGGUAGCGUAUCUGUAGCCACCAGCCCCCUCGACGCUCUCACCAAUAGUAUUAUGAUUGCGGGUCGCCAGGGUCAUACAGCAAAUGACCACCGGGUCAUGGGGUCAACUAAUCAGGGGUCAGAGGUCGAGAUGGAGGUCGCUGAUCAUAGAGGGCAGGAUCUAGAAACGACAGCCAUUCCUGAGUUCAGAACCCCCACCAAGGGCUACAGCGUAACUGGCACUCAGGUGCACACUCCCAUCGGCAAAUCACCAAAGAGAAAAAGCGUUCCUCCGCGUAGAUUACCCGCUUCCACAGCAGCCAGUAUUUCUCCUCGUUCAACUGACAAUGUUUCUUCUUCCCAAAUGGAGGAGGAGUUUCCCGAUCUUCCGCAGGUUCUCGAGUCCCUCAUCAACAACACAGAGUUCCAGGAGAAACUAGCCGGCAACAUCAACAAGAAACUACCUGUGGAGAAUCGGUCUGAACCAGUCGGAGAGGCAAACACUUCCGCUCACACACUCAGUACGUCCUCAACGUCCAUAGAGGAGCUGCUGAAUCUUCAAAUGACCGACGACACGGUUCAUGAGAUCGUGCAGAGUACCAGUGCUGAUCCAGCGUUCGAGUCUUUGUUCUCACUCUUCAACAUCGACAGAGAACAGUACAACCGGUCUUUCCAGGAGAACCUUGAAGAUGCACCAACCCACCACGAACCCACAGUGGUCGACUUAACUACGACCAGUAAUGCCACAAUGACCCAACCCAAUAAUGUUCCCAACAUAACCGGCCAAUCACUGCAAUCGACGCCGCUCUCCAACCAAUCACAUUAUAUCUCUGAUCAGGGUACUGGUCAGGUGACCUAUUCACUAGCCAAUCAGAACCCACAAGUGGUAGCCGGUUCUACAAUGUUAACGACAGCAAAUACGGGUCCAUUUACCAGCUUAAGUAUUCAACCGCCAGUCACUAGUGCUUCCACUGGUACCCAUCACCAACUAAACCUCAACCCAUCAGCGAUUAUUCCGUCCACUGACCAAGUCGUAACUCUCCCGGUCUUUCUUAACGCCUCAGGACAGUAUCAGAUCAUGCAACAGGCAGUGCCCAGCCCCCAGAACCUUGUUGUCAACUCCCCAGUAGGGUUCCAAGGAGGUACGCUGUUAGUGACGCCGGAUGGGAGAGUUGUAGGCUCCCCGAGCGUGGCGAUACAGAGUGGACAACAACUUUUGCCUGGUAGCUUAGCUCAGAAUAAAUCUUCAGGACAAGGAAGCACCCACCAACAAAGCAAUGCCGACCCAUCUUGCCCGGUUCACGGCAGGAUGGAAAAUCUCAAUGCACCGCCAGCGACUGGUAACACAAACCUGCCCACAGCACCAACCCCCUCCUUGAUGACUCAAGUAAACGGGGCGCAGAAUGUCCAAGAUCAGACUGAGGUCGUACAGCUACUUGCCACAAUGGUUGAUUCCGAUGUCGGCUCUUUAUUUGCCACCACCUCACCAGAAAGAUCGUUCUCUAGAAGUAAUUCCCCACUGACGUUGACGCAAACCUCUCAUGAGAUAGCUAAGCAAAAGAAAACUUGUUUCCCUGAAAAUAGCGUUGACGCAUCUCAGAAUGCUAAGCAGAACAGACUUCCAGAUGGUAAUGGAGUAGGUCAGAGAGCUAAGCAGAGAACGAUUUUACCUGCUCCAGGUCAACCGAAUCAAACUGCAGAGGGGAAUCGAAACAUCUUUUCCAGUAUUAGCAACACAGCGGUUGUGAACCCUGGACCUGCAGGGAUGUCGCUUGUCCAACAGGCUGGCAUGAUGGCUUCGGAAGCCAGUGUCCCAACAACAAAAUCACCGCCAGGAGUUGCUUCAAAACCUCGCAAACAGAUUCAGUUCAAAGGGUUGACUCGCACGCUGGACGUUGGCUGGACACCUGAAGUCCAGUCAAGAACAAGACAACCUCAUAAAGGAAACGUCAAUGAUAAUGCUGGAGGAAAUAUCAGCACGUCGGAGAGUAAGUCCAGAGGAAAGAACACCUACACUGAUUCAUUGCAAAAGAAAAAGCCCUUUUCCUCAGGAUUGUCAAAAUCAACCGUUGUUGAGCAUAAUAAACAAGUGCCUGAUGCUGUCGCGCAUCGUGGAGCAGCCUCUGUUGAGGUGCCCGAUGACAUGUCGACAGAGGUGAAUAUUGCAGCACAGAUGUUGGUCUGUCUCUCCAACAGUCCGCCUUCAUUACGUCAGUCCCCGUACAGACAGCAGAGACUGCGUAGUAUGACCUCCAACAGCUCCCCUGCGACAAGUCCUUCCAGAGACUGGGUGAUGGAGCUACGGAAAGAGAUCGGGUUAUCGCCAAACAGCGGACGUCUCAAACGGCCGGAACUGGAAGCAUCGACUCAGGAAUCCCAAAAGGAUACAAAAAGCAGCAAGCGGAAAUCCAGAACACCUCGGAAGCAAGCCAACACGGCGACUGAAACCGUUGUGGUGACCCUGCAGACCGAACCAAAGUCCAAAACAGCUGUGCAAACCAGAGCCGCCACCCAAAAAGCCAAGAGUCCAAGAAAAGUCGGUGAAGAUCCUGUUGCCAAGAGGAAGUCGUCUCGGAGCACGAACAGCUCUAAGAAACCUGAUGGAGCACACGAAGGUGAUGCUGAAAGAGGAGCAGCUGAGAAGGGAGAUAAGACGUUGGAGGAGACUGGAAAGAAAGAGAACAGAGGUCACAAGAGAAACAGAGAAGGAAAUAGCAAAGAUGAGACAAGCAAGAAACCAACGACAACAAAAAGUGCAAAGAAGACAAAACGAUCUCAGAGUUUUCCGUCAAACCUUGAUGUGGACAAGUUUCUGUCAAGUCUUCAGUAUGCAGAAUGAAAUUCAGUAUGCAGAAUGAAAUUCAGUACAUAGAAUGAAAUACAUACUUCGAAACCUGGGCAUUUUCCCUUAAAAUAUACAUCUUUAAAAUAAAAGCCAUUAAAGAUGCAUCACUCAAUCUUUUUCCAAGCUGAUGUCAAAAAUUAAUUUAAACAUUAGAUGGUUUUGUGCAUUGUGAUUUCAUUUUAGUACAUGGAAUUAUUUCAGGUUUUUCUAACUGCAUCAAUUUUCAGAGUUCCUUCAGAGAAAAAUAUUCAUUUUUGCCAGUCUUUUGGCACAAAAUAUAGCAACGCAACUUAAACAGGAUAUAUUUGUUUCUGCCAGGCCUAAUUAAAAGAAUAAUUGUUAGUGAAAUUUAAAGGGAAAUGUCAUUAAGGGCCAUUAAAGAACAUUUGAGUCGUCUUUUAUCAAUCGUUCAUUAAUACCUGUGACUGUUUGUCCAUUCUGAUUGGUCCAGAGGAGAUCAUGUGUCUAUGUUUAAAACGUGGUGAGGAGUGAUUAAAGCUUACGAGUGCUGUGCAAGCUUACUCAGGUGCUUAUUAACGGGUUAUGCAAUCUAUACACACUGUACUCGAUGUAAAAUGCGUAAGUGUAUGCACAACCUUUAUUCGAAGCAUUGCAAUCCUCCGCAAAGUUUAGGCUGCGUACAUAAUACAACAGGAAUUGGAAACUCUAUAAAAAGUUACUAACAUUUUGCGCUUCUCAACACAAUGGGCAUUUAUUAAUGUUCAUAAAAGAGAAGAGACUCUUCGUAGGGUCACGGUCCUUUUACUAACGGCCUUGAUCCUGUUAGUUUUAAAUGGGCAUUUAAGACCAGGGUCAUGUUCGUGCAAGGACCAAUGGUUGUUGGGUUCCAAAUAGUCAACUAGUGUAGUACAACCAUCAAUUGUCUAGACAUAAUUCGGACUAACUUAGUCGAACUAUAUUCAACGAUAGUUCUUGCGUGAAUUUGGACCUUAUUGCUACUCUUUUAUUCCCUUUAAUAUUUGUUGUGAAGCACUGUCAGAUAAUGAAUUCCAUAGUGCUGUGGGACAAAACCAUACGCUACAAGAAAUACCUACAGAGAUAUUCAGUUUUUCAACACUUCCAGAUGGUUUAUUUUUUCAAUAUGGGUAUAAAUAAAAUUUAUAUUUAAAGGUUUAGAAACCUUAAAACCACUUUAAGACCAAUACUGAAUGUACUAUUGAAUAGUUAAGUAUUUCUGUGCAUUCUGUUUAUUUUUAUUUACUACAAUGUAAA